AUCCCUGUUUUGGAUACAUCUUUUUCUCAAAUACGUUUUGUACAUCAUUCAUUAAGUGACAAGAUGGCGAUUGAGACGAAUAAACUUUUGCUGUCCACACAGCAGGAAAAACCUAAUCAUUAUACAUAUUUAAAGGAAUUUCGCGUAGAACAGUGUCAAUCCUUUCUACAACACAAAUGCAAUCAGCACCGUCCGUUUGUAUGCUUCAAUUGGCAUUUUCAAAAUCAAAGACGCCGCAGACCAAUACGAAAGCGGGAUGGUACAUUUAAUUAUAGUGCUGAUAAUUAUUGUACAAAAUAUGAUGAAACUACAGGAAUAUGUCCAGAUGGCGACGACUGCCCAUUUUUGCAUCGUACCGCUGGCGAUACAGAGAGGCGCUAUCAUUUGCGCUACUAUAAGACAUGCAUGUGUGUGCAUGAUACCGAUAGUCGUGGUUAUUGUGUUAAAAAUGGGCAUCAUUGCGCCUUCGCUCAUGGUGCCCAAGAUCAGAGGCCACCCGUAUAUGAUAUUAAGGAAUUAGAAGCAUUACAAAAUGCAGAACUAACACUAGAUGGAGCAAAUGCUCAGAAUGCAUUAGACAAAGAAAGAAAUCUAAUGAAUGAAGAUCCCAAGUGGCAGGAUACCAACUAUGUUUUGGCCAAUUACAAGACGGAACCUUGUAAAAGGCCACCACGUUUGUGUAGACAGGGUUAUGCUUGUCCACAAUAUCAUAAUAGCAAAGAUAAGAGACGUAGUCCUCGUAAAGUCAAAUACAGGUCAACACCUUGCCCUAAUGUGAAACACGGCGAAGAAUGGGGUGAACCUAGCAAUUGUGAAGCAGGCGACAAUUGUCAGUAUUGUCAUACUCGUACGGAACAACAAUUUCAUCCGGAAAUCUACAAGUCUACCAAAUGCAAUGACGUUCAACAGGCUGGUUACUGUCCUCGUAGUGUAUUUUGUGCAUUUGCUCAUGUUGAACCCUAUAUUGUCACUGAGGAGAAGCCCCGUGAUUUAGAUGCGAUUACAACAAAUUUAGCUCUAAGUGAUUUAAUAUCAAAUGCUUUGCCUGAUAUCAAAACUAAGGAUGCAACAAACAACAAAACAGGACUAAUGACAAUUGGCGAAAAUUUAUUGAAUAUUGAUGGUAAUGAUUCCACCAAUAAUAUGUUGGUUAAUGCAUUGGAGAAAUCCGCUAAUCAGAGCAAAUAUUUAAACUUCUCCUUGCCAAUGGACAGAAUUUCCUGUUCCAUAGAUGAGCAACGUGAUAAUGUUUUGUCGGCCAGUUUAGCUAAUAGCAGUCUAAUGACACGUUCCUCAGCACCCAUAAACAUUCCGAAUUCGGCUCUUAAUAACUCUAUAGGUGAUUUCAAUUCCGGUGGUUUUGCUGUCAACAUUCCUUACAGUCCUACCAACCACUCCAAUCUAUUCAAUGUUGAUGCAUUCAAUUAUGGCGGUUCCAAUUCAAAUAAACUUAGCAAUUCCCUAACGGCACCCAAUCAAAAUGAUUGUAGUAAUAAUUUCUUUUUCCCCUCUCAUAUCAUAUCGCCCGGUUUUAACGAUGGCCUCUCCAUAAGUCCCUCGGUUCGUUUGUCCGAAUUGAAUAAUUUAACCGAUGAUUUGAAUAGUGGUUCGGUGGGCAAUAGUUUGACUACAAAUAAAAAUGCAUUUUCAUUGCAAUCGUUGCAUACGCAAAAUAAUGGCGAUGUAAAUCGUAUGACUUUGGAAUUGAUGACUACUAAGGCUCAAUUAUUGAAAUUGUCCAGAAGUAUGGAAGAUAUUACACGCAAGUUUAACUCUGCUAAACAGGAGGCAUUAGAAUGGAAAGAUCGUUAUGAAGCGGCACAAAAACAUAUGAAUUUAUCAUCAGAACUAAGAAAUUUAUCAAUACACAAAUUAAAACAACUACAGUCAAAAUUACGCACAGAUUUAGAAGAUGUUGAAAAGGUGUUAUAUUUAGAAAACGCCAAGAAAUGUAUGAAAUGUGAAGAAAAUAAUCGCACAGUUACACUAGAACCAUGUAAUCAUUUCAUUCUAUGCGAUUCUUGUGCUACUUCGGUAACGGAAUGUCCAUAUUGUCAAAUGCCAGUUGCCACAACACACACCUAAAUAAAUUAGCAUGAUUCAACAGAAUCCGUUAAAGGCGUAAAGUAAAAUGAAGAGUAAUAAAAAAGAAGGUAGGCAUUUGUUUAAAUUUUUUGGUUUAAGUAAAUAAAGAUGAUUUACUUAUACCUUUAACUAGAAUAAACAAUAAAUUAAAACAAAAAUUAAUAAAAAAAAGAAAAUACAAACUAACAAAAUUAUAGGUAACACAUAUUUUAAAAAAUUUAUUGAAACAAACCAAUAAAAGCAAAACAAAUUUAUGAAAAUAUAACUACUAUAUGAAAACAAAACAAACAAAAGAAAAAAAUGCUUAAAAAAAUAAUUAAUUUCUAUUCUAAUUGCUUUAUUUUAGUAACUAGUUUAUUCUUUAUUUAACAAAUUGACAAUUAAAGCAUAUUUAAUUGUAAAUAUGCUAUAUUUAUAUACAAAAAUAUUUGUUUUUUUUUUCUUUAGGAAUAACCAAUUUAAUUUUGCUUUAUGUUUAUUUAUGUCUAUAAAAAUAUCUUUAUAUAUUUUAAAAUUUUUCUAACAACUAGAUAUUUACUUAUAUUAAACAAAUAUAGAUUUUUGUAUGUAUUAAACAAAAAAUAAUUCAUAUUUUUGAAGAAAAAAAAACAACCACACAAACACAAUAAAUACUUUUUUUUAUAACAAAAUGAAAA